AUGACAUUGACAAGAAGCACGCCACCUGUGUAUGCCUAUGCGCCUCCGUCCGACAAGUCCAGACCAUCAAUAGACAUUAAUGCGCCUAUCAUAUGGAAUGAUCUGCGAGUCCUCUUUACGGAAACAGAUAUUGGCUUAAGAGCGAUCAAGUCUCCUGACAACACUACGGCCGUAGUGCGCGGAGAACGUUUGAUUGGAAGGCCAGCACAUACGGCGGCGCUGAUGUAUGCGAGAAUAUUCACGCAUAAACAGUCCGAGUCAGUAAUAUGUUUUGUUCAAUUGGUAGGCCGAGGACAAUGCACGUUCCCGGACUUCGGUGUCAGCGGCGUACUGCGGAGCGAUUGGGGGUUGAUACAAUCUCCCACAUUUGCGCUUGAACGAGGUGUCGGCGUGCUAACGGAAAUCACGGGAGAAGACGGGGCGCUGAGUGAAACGCGCCAUCGCGUCCAUCGCCCACAUUUCCGCAAAGCAAUCGGUCUCUGGCUGGUUCUACCUACACCCGAGAAAUUAACAAAUAAUCGAAUUCCGAGACUCCACCAGCAGCCGAGCCGAUUCGCUACGCGGUCCGAUUCCCACAUGGCCGACGUUCCGAGCACCGCGCCGUCAGUCCACCCGCGCAAGGUCCUCCUCCUCGUCGAUGUCCAGGUCAACAUGCUCGCACAGCACGGCGGCGGUGUACCCAACGCAAGCACCGUCGGCGCUAACAUCGAACGCAUUCUGAGACUUGCCAGAUCUGCGCCCCACCCACCACUUAUCGUGCACGUGCGAAACACUGGCGAGUCUGGCGAUCCGGAUGCACCGGGAACACCCGGUUGGCAACUCGUGCACCCACCCCGCGCUGGUGAGCCUGUCAUCGACAAGACGAAGAAUAACGCGUUCGCUGGUACGCGCCUUGCAGAGCUCGUCGAUCGUAAGGCCGCGCUUGUCGUCGUCGGUAUGCAGAGCGACUUCUGCAUCCGUGCGACGUGUAGCGCGGCGCUUGGACGCGGGAACACGGUCUUUCUCGUCGAGGACGCACACGCAACGUACGAUCGCCCCGAGGCGUACUCUGCAUCCGGACCUGUGCUUAUCACACCCGCACAUAAGGUCGAGAAGGAGAUCGAGAGCGAGUUGGAGGAAGCGGGUGUAUUCGUGGUCAAAGUGGAAGAUCUGCCGCAUAUUUUUGACGAGGAUUCGUAGCAAUUACCUUCGGCGGAUAACUAGGAGUCUAGGAUUACCCGCCGAUACACUGCUCCAAGCUCUCGGCUCGGAAGACGGGAGACGGGUUUACGAGAGCUGAAAUUUGUUCUUUUCUUUUUUUACGGUAGCUGGUUCGCGAAGUGCUGGUUCACAUUCGGGAAUUGGACGUACAGACGAGUGAGAGUAACGACAGCCAAUCGCGCCACAGUUCAACUUCAAGGUUAUACGCGCCUGUGAGGAGCGACCUGUUGCAUUUCUAUCGACUUAGAAUUGGGUAUCUUGUAUUUCUUGUUCGUCCUCGUUUCUUGGGUCUUUGAUGGUUUCAAUUACAUCCUCGUUUCUCUCUUCCUCGGUACACGACACCUCGGAUUUACACUAGUUCGGAGAGUAGAUUAGGAUACGUGCUUCGUUCGGAACCGCACGCCAAAGGUGAUAGGGUAGUAUUGUAGCGGUACUGGACGGCCGAAGCAAGCAGCGUCUCAUGCUGGUUCCGAGUAGGUCGGCAGAGAAGAAGGACAGUCAAGAAUAUUCUCGUAUCCGUUGUACUCAUCCUCAUCUGUAUUAUACAUACACCACCAUUCUAAUCUAAU